AUGCAAACUGAGUCGGUUGAACGCGAAACGCAAGACCUUGGUGGUGAAAUUACAUAUAGAUUUGGCAUUAUUCCCGCAUUUGUGGCAAAUUUAUCGAAAGAUGCGGUUGAGAAAUUGAAAAAUGAUCCUAGAGUUGUUUCUGUUGAACCAAAUACUGAAGUUCAUGCAUUUUAG